CCUGGCCUCGGUGGCCACAGGACCUCCAACCAAAGCCCCCCAACACCGCACCGCAGCCCUGUGCUGGGUGACCGAUCUGGGGAUCUGCGGAGAGGAGAUAUGGGUGUAGGUGGGGACCCCAUGAGGAGACAACAACACCACUUGGACCCCAGUUCAGCUGUACGCAAGACCAAGAGGGAGAAGAUGGAAAGCAUGCUGAGGAACGACUCUCUCAGCUCAGACCAGUCAGAGUCGGUGCGCCCACCACCCCCGAAACCCCACAAAACCAAAAAGGGAGGGAAGAUGCGGCAGGUGUCUCUGAGCAGUUCAGAGGAGGAGCUGGCCACCACACCAGAGUACACCAGCUGUGAGGAUGUGGAGAUAGAGAGUGAGUCAGUCAGUGAGAAAGGGGACAGUCAAAGGGGAAAAAGAAAAACUAUUGAGCAGUCAUUUAUGUCCGAGCCAACACACACCUUAUCUGAGAGGCAAAAGAAUAUGGUGCGCUUUGGGGGACACUCAUUUGAAGAGGACUUGGCAUGGUGUGAACCACAGGUUAAAGACUCGGGAGUUGAUACGUGCAGUAGCACUACCCUAAACGAGGAGCAUAGCCAUAGUGAGAAGCACCCAGUGACCUGGCAGCCGUCCAAAGAUGGGGAUCGCCUAAUAGGGCGUAUUUUGCUCAACAAGCGCAUGAAAGAUGGAAGUGUGCCGCGAGACUCAGGAGCACUGCUCGGUCUGAAGGUGGUGGGAGGCAAGAUGACAGAAUCUGGUAGACUUUGUGCUUUCAUCACUAAAGUGAGGAAAGGAAGUCUGGCAGACACUGUCGGACACCUCAGACCAGGUGACCAGGUGCUAGAAUGGAAUGGGAAGAUUUUACAAGGAGCCACAUUUAAAGAAGUUUACAAUAUUAUACUAGAAUCCAAGCCUGAGCCACAGGUGGAGCUGGUGGUGUCACGGCCAAUAGGGGAUAUUCCAAGGAUACCAGACAGCACACAUGCACAACUGGAAUCAAGUUCGAGUUCUUUUGAGUCUCAGAAGAUGGAUCGCCCAUCCAUCUCUGUCACGUCCCCCAUGAGUCCCAGUAUGCUGAGGGACGCCCCCCAGUACCUGUCAGGACAGCUCUCAAGCCAAAGCCUUAGUAGAAGAACAACGCCUUUUGCCCCUAGGGUCCAGGUCAAACUGUGGUAUGACAAAGUGGGCCAUCAGCUAAUAGUCACCAUCCUGGCCGCCAAAGACCUUCCACCCAGGGAAGAUGGCCGGCCCAGGAACCCUUAUGUCAAAAUCUAUUUCCUCCCCGAUAGAAGUUUGAAUUAUUGUUCCUCCAGCGACAAAAGCAAGAGGAGAACAAAAACAGUAAAGAAAUCCUUAGAGCCCAAAUGGAACCAGACCUUUAUGUAUUCUCCGGUGCACCGGCGGGAGUUUCGGGAGCGCAUGCUGGAGAUCACACUGUGGGACCAAGCCAGGGUGAGGGAGGAGGAGAGCGAAUUUCUAGGAGAGAUCCUGAUUGAGCUGGAGACGGCUCUUCUUGAUGAUGAGCCACACUGGUACAAGCUACAAACACAUGAUGUGUCCUCCAUCCCGCUCCCACGUGCUUCCCCGAACACUCAGCGCAGGCAGCUCCAUGGAGAGAGUCCAACAAGGCGGUUACAGAGAUCCCAGAGGAUAAGUGACAGUGAGAUAUCAGACUACGAUUGUGAAGAUGGUGUUGGGGUAAUAACAGACUACAGGCCGAAUGGCAGAGACUUCCAGAGCUCCACGUUGUCUGUUCCUGAGCAGGUGAUGUCAUCCAACCACUGCUCUCGGUCAGCUGAUAUAAACAGGGCGCGGUCACGUUCUCCCAGUGUUCCCCCACCCUCCAGCCAUUUUCUCACCCUACCUCGAACCAGACACACUCACCUUUUUGAUGAUCCCCAAAAGGACACCAGCCGCAACCAUCGUGUGUACCCAAUCUGCAGAGAGGAAGCAGUCAGGUUACUGCGUUCCACUAGGAUGACCCGCGCCUAUUCUGAGGGCGCCUACUCCUCCGACUAUGACUAUGAGAGGAACCACGGAGCCAUGGAUAGACAUGAGUAUCACAGCAGGUCCCGCUCUGCAGACCAGCGGCCCACUAUAGAGCGCCCCACGUCACGCUCACGCUCCACUGAACGCCCCCACGACUCUUCGCUCAUGAGGUCCAUGCCUUCUCUGCCAUCUGGGAGGUCUGCUCCCCCCUCACCUGCCUUGACGAGGGCGCAUCCUCGUAGUGGAUCAGUCCAGACCAGCCCCGCCAGUACUCCCAUGUCGAGUAGACGAGGAAGGCAACUACCGCAGCUUCCACCCACUGGGAAGGACAGAAAAGAUGGAGACGAAGGAACAGAGCCUUAUGAAGAGGGAGCAGGGGAAGAGCUCGGGGCACCUGAACCCCAAAAUGAUCACUCAGCAGCAGACUGUGAGGAAAAACCCCAAGGCCCACCAGUAAAUGGGAGGAAAGAAGACACAGACUCACCAAGUUGGACGAACUCAGGUAUGGACAUGGAGGAGAGGACGCGGCAGAUGAAACUGAAGAUGAACAAGUUCAAACAGGGAGCUGGCUCCGACUCCAGACUGGAGCAGGACUACCACAAACGUUCAGGCAGAGAUAACCUGUCGGCCAAGUCAUCAGACAGUGAUGUAAGCGACGUGUCCGCUGUGUCGAGGACCAGUAGUGCCUCUCUGUUCAGCAGCACGAGCUACAUGUCUGUCCAGUCUGAAAAGCCGCAAGGAAACCGCAAGAUCCGUGACUUUGCAUCCAAAAUGAAAAACAGGCAGAUGGGCUCAUCGGGUGGGAUAAACAUGACCAAGAGCACAAGCAUCAGCGGCGACAUGUGUAACAUGGAGAAGACGGAUGGCAGUCAGUCGGACACGGCGGUUGGCACGGUAGGCACUGACGACAAGAAGAGGCGCUCCAGCAUUGGUGCCAAAAUGCAGGCCAUGGUUAGCAUUUCGCGCAAGAGCCGGAGCACCUCCCAGCUCAGCCAAACAGAAGCCGGAGGUAAGAAGCUGCGCAGCACUAUCCAGCGGAGUACAGAGACAGGUCUGGCGGUGGAAAUGAGGAGCAGGAUGACUCGGCAGGCCAGCCGGGAGUCCACAGACGGCAGCAUGAACAGCUACAGCUCUGAGGGAAAUCUGAUCUUCCCCGGGGUGAGGCUCUCCUCAGACGCCCAGUUCAGUGACUUCCUGGAUGGACUGGGCCCUGCCCAGCUGGUUGGGCGACAGACAUUGGCUACUCCAUCUAUGGGUGACAUCCAGAUUGGCAUGGUGGAGAAGAAGGGAGCAUUGGAGGUGGAGGUCAUCAGAGCCCGUGGCCUUGUGGGAAAACCAGGUUCUAAGGCACUGCCAGCACCAUAUGUAAAGGUCUACCUUUUAGAAAACGGUGUCUGCAUAGCCAAAAAGAAAACAAAAGUAGCAAGAAAAACCUUGGAUCCUCUGUACCAGCAGCAACUGCCGUUUGAGGAGAGUCCGGGAGGAAAGGUUUUACAGGUCAUUGUAUGGGGUGACUAUGGACGUAUGGACCAUAAAUCAUUCAUGGGAGCAGUUCAGAUACUGUUAGAUGAGUUGGACCUGUCCAACAUGGUGAUUGGCUGGUUCAAGCUCUUUCCUCCUUCCUCACUGGUGGACCCCACGCUGGCCCCACUGACAAGAAGAGCUUCCCAGUCCUCACUGGACAGUUUCUCUCGAUCAUAGCAGCAUGUGGACUGAUAGCGUUGUUGUAGCAGCCAGUGUUGCGAUUCCAGGUCACGCUCCCCGGUUACACUGCAUGCUUGAUGUUGUGUCUUCUGAGCCUGUUUCUAGGGGUGCAGAUGUGAUUUUGAGCAAAAAUGUCGCACACAGCGUGCACAUGGUAAAGCGUGUUGCAGGCGCCUGGCGGCCGGGGCUGCCAGGUGCUGUUGUUGUUUUUUGGAGGAAGCUGGAAUUAACUCCUUAGCACGAGGAAUCUGUCAGUUCCAGGUUUUCAUCCAAUUUGAAGCCAUGGGGGUCAGUACUGGGAACUGCUAAACAAGUUCUACAGAAGCCCUUUUUGAAUGAAAAAUAAAUGUUUUGCUUAGAUUUUUUUAUUUUUUUGUUUUGCUUUCAGUUUUUUUUUUUAAUAUGUCAAUGUACUUGUAUCUGAAUGGGGCGACAGUGUUCCUAACAAAAUGCUUGGUCACGCCACGCCAACAGACCUAGCUGUGUAGAUGGGGUUCUUGCAGACCGUGACUUGGGUGAGGUAUGUCCCAGCUUGUAUCCACGCUCCCCAGAACCCAAAAGAAAUGCCCCACGUACUCUGUGUUUAUGUACUGGAUAAAACUGUACUGGUUAAUCACCUGACGUGGCUCACAUCAGCACUCCAGAAUCUACAGUAACAAUCCAAACCCCCUAAAAAAAAUGUACAAUCUACUAUCUUUCUUUCUCUGUUGAUAUAUUGUAUGAAAAAUAAAUUAGAAAAAAAAAUAUUUUUUCCCUUUUACUUCAUUUGCAUGGACACAAAUUUAGCUGAAUAAAAAAAGAAAAUUAUUUUCUUGAGGCUGCAACUUGCAAAAAAGAUAGAGAAAAAUAAAACGGAUCAGCCAUUUUCAACAAUUUAUAUUAUUUUUCAAGAAUAAUUUUAAUUAGUGCAUGGUUUUCAAGGGGAGCGAAUGCAACAUUGUGAUUAAAAAAGACAUUGUUAUUCUUUAGACCAUUCACAAGUCUGCGUUUCGCAGACGUGCAGAUAAGGGAAACCUAACAGAAACUUUUGGAGUUACUUAACAGAAAAUGUUUAUGUGACAAAAACUGAUAAUGAAAAUAAAUGUUAAUUAUUUAUUUUAUUGUAAAAGGCUUAUGCCUUAUAAAGAUAAACAUUAUGUGCAAAUUGUACAUGUUUCUCUUUUUCUUCCUUGUCCCAGGGUACUUCUCAUUGUACUGGUCAUUGCUACCAUUCUUGUCCAGAUUUUAGGACUGUCGGUUCUUUUACACCUCUGUAUUGUUUCACUAUGUAUUUUAUUUUGGAUUUGAUUUGUUUGACAAGCAUGUUGAAAAGGAUUUUCUGCAACAUGGCUUGGGCACACCUUACAGUAACUCAGCAUGUUUUGAUAAAGAAAAUGUUUGGAUUUUUUGCAGUUUCUUGUACAGUGCAUGUCAACUUCAUUACUUUUCUCCUUCACCUUCAACUGAACUCUGCAGCAAAUUGGUUCUUGGUCUUCCACGGCCAGUUAUUGAAGUUGGAACAAAAACAUUCCACCCUCAAGAUCAUAUUUUCUUUCAGGUUUUUGAGGAAAAAAAAGUGACAAGGAAAAUAUUUUCUAAUUAAUGGAGGUUGAAGAAACAGUUGUGAUUGCAAGUGUAUUUUAUUUCAGUAUUGCUGACAAACAUGCAAAAAUAAUCUGUACUGGUACAGCAAGAGGUCUAAUCAAGGGGCAGCAAACAUGCAAGGAAUGUGUGUUGCUGUGGUUCAAUUUUACAGGCGCUGUUUGUGAAGAUGAGCUAAUCACUAGUUCAUAUAGCAAAGGAUAUUGCCACAGGAACUGUUUUUUUUUUGUUUUAAUGAAAAUGAAAUUAAUUUACUAUAUUUUUGUUAGUUUUAUUUAAAAGCCAAGACCAGUUUAUUUUUUAUUUUCUAUUUUUAGUAAUUACAAAUACUUCUUAUGUCUGGGAAGUAUAUGAAUCUUAUAGUUGCAGUAUGUCUGAAUGAAAUUGAACUGAGGCAUUAUUUCUUUUCCACACGACGUAAAUGUGUUUUAACGCCCAAGAAAACAUUGUUACAAGCUACAGUAUAUAUAUAUUUUCAUUUCAAUUUUCAUUGCAUAUGUCUUUAGAUGUCAGAAUUUGAAUAAACACACUACCAUGAAUAGACUGAUAGACUCCUUUGGAACAGGAAAAAUGCCUCAUGUGAUAACAAAGACAUAAGUUAUUUAUCCUUGAAUGCCUUUUCUUUUUGUCUUCUUGGUGCAAUGUGUUAAUGCCAAGGCUAUGUCUUGGUAAAGUAUGGUUGAGUACAGAGAUUUAUGUAAGUUAUUUUUCAAA